AAUUUUGUCCCCUAGGGGAAACUAACACAUGCACAUAGCUGGCUCAGUUUCGUUGUUACUAGCUGUACAAACAAACAUAUAUCGUGCGGGCGAGCACAGAUACUGAUACGUACAUAAUAAGGUUAGGCUUGGCUUCGUUUUCGUAAGAAAUUGAAUCAUGCGACUUGUGGAGAAAAUUGAGAUAUUUAAAUUCUACCAAGGCUUUCCCAGGAUAUUCAGUAGAACAAAUGGUAUCGAUCUCGAUAGACGAAUGUAAUGAUUCAAGAUAUCAUCAAUGUCGUUCCCAUAACACGUAGAUGAUCUCAUGCAAAGAGUUAUUUUCUCUCUCUGGAUCGUAAGUGUUUAGUCGUGUAUAUGUCACUUUUGACGGAAGAAUAAUGUUGACGCGACACAACACGAAUACAGACCCUCGCAUUGAAGCGAUACCACUGAAUCUCGUUGCCAGUGAAGACGGUCGAACGCUCCUAACGGUGACAGAACGCAAAGAUGGUACGUUAGAAAUCGUCGCGACGCCAAUAACUCUUAUCGGACAAACCGGAACAACUUCGUUGGCCGCUCCUAUUCUACAAAUAAGCUUAGAAGAUAUUGUAAAUGAAUCGGAACUUCAGUCGGCAACUCAAACUCUCGAUAUUGAGCCUGAAGCUGUCAUCGAGCCGAUGAAAUUACAAUCAUGCAUAGAAAUAAAAUACAGCAAUAUUGGUACGCACGAGAGUCAGUCUCUUUUGCAAAGCCCUUUACUGGCCAUAGACAGCGAAAAAGAUGAUGGAAAUUAUAAGCCAAACGAGCCGAUCGUGAAGAAAAAUAAUGCUGGGAGACCUAAGAAAAAUCCAGACGUCCCUCUCAAAGGCCCGGACAGUUUAAAGUGCGACAUUUGCCAGCAAGAAUUCGUUAAACAGUCCCUGUACCGAAAGCAUAUGGAAAAUCACGCCGAGGAGAAGCCUUAUAGAUGUCCAAAAUGUUCCGCGUCGUUCAACGUGCCGUCGAAUUUCACGCUUCACAUGGCGACGCACAAUACGAGCGAACCAAAAUGUCCAGAGUGCGGCAAGAAGUUCACGAGAAUGGCUAGUCUAAAAUCGCACAUGUUGUUACAUGAAAAGGAAGAGAACUUAUUCUGCACGGAAUGCGAGGAUGCUUUCUCGACGAAAGCACAAUUGGACGCGCAUUUGAAGCUUCACGGGGAAAAGUGGACGGUGGAGGAAGUGCGGAAAUGUAAAUUAUGUAGUAAACAAUUUAGUCAACCCGCUCUGUACAGGCUUCACAUCCGUGAACAUUACAGGUUGAAGACAAAGAUAGUGAAGCAAACGAAAAGAGGAACGAAACAGAAAAUGAUGUACAAAUGUACGAUAUGUUUAAAGUCAUUUCAGAAACCGAGUCAAUUGAUGCGACACAUAAGGGUGCACACCGGUGAAAAACCGUUCAAGUGUACAGUGUGCGACCGCGCGUUUACACAAAAGAGCUCGCUGCAAAUUCAUACCUGGCAACACAACGGUAUUCGACCUCAUACUUGUGAACUGUGCAACGCGAAGUUCAGCCAAAAAGGCAAUUUGAAUGCUCAUGUAAUGAGGGUUCACAACGUACCGGAAGGAGAGUCUAUAUACGCGUGCAAUUAUUGCUCGUGCGUGUUUAAAAAGUUGGGUAGUUUGAACGGACACGUGAAACGCAUGCAUAACGACGCGAACGAGGAAGUCAAUGGAAGUCCCGACGAUGAUCCCGAUAUUCGUGCGACCGUCGACACUGUUAUAACGCAGCUGGAAUCGCUUAAACAAGCCACGAAUCAAACGUCGAAAAUGUCUGAUCCCGAAACGACUGCGUUAUCGGAAACUAUUGCGAAAAAAGAUAUUCUCCAACAAGCUUUGAAAAACAGUGGCCUUCCCAGUAAAAACAAAGCAACUGCCGAAGGCACGGCAGAAACGAAAAAGUGCGAGUCUCGUACGAGUUUCGUUACGUUAUUAGAUCGAUCGCCUGACGGUGGUGCAAGGAAUUAUUUAACAAUAAAGCAACGAUGCGUAGGAAACGUUAGAUGGUACUCGUGCACGUUUUGUCAUAAAGAAUUCAAGAAGCCUUCAGAUUUGUUACGUCACCUGCGUGUACAUACGCAAGAAAAACCUUUUAAGUGCACGCACUGUUACCGUUCGUUCGCUCUGAAAUCCACGAUGAUAGCGCACGAACGUACCCAUUCGAACAUUAAAAAGUACGCUUGCGGUUUUUGCGAUAAAACGUUUGUCUGUCAUAGCAGCUUGGUUGCCCAUGCCAAAUCGCACAAAGAGUCGGACAAGUCUGCGGACAAAGAUGCCGAAGUGCAAAACGGUACUCCUGCCUAUACUGUCAAUCAGUCGAAAGCCCAAGCGAAGGGUAAAUCGAGAUUACCUCUCGAAGCGGAAAAUCUGUCUGAAGUGAUUCUACAGGAACCGUUGGUGAUAAGCGAUACGGGGAACAAGAUUUGCGUGGCGCAGGUACCCUCGAAGGAGAAACGCAGCUGCGACGGAAACACGGAUCCCGGCAGGCCACACACGUGCUGGAUUUGCCAGGCGGCGUUUAGGAAGAUCAGUCAUUUGAAACAGCAUCACCGUCGCCAUACCGGGGAACGUCCGUACAAAUGCACAAAAUGCGACAGGAGAUUCACGUCGAACAGCGUUCUAAAGUCGCACCUGCACACGCACGAGGAUUCGAGGCCGUACAGUUGUACCAUAUGCAGCGCGAGAUUCUCCACGCAGAGUAGCAUGAAGAGACACUUGGUCACUCACAGCAACAAGAGGCCGUACAUGUGUCCGUAUUGUCACAAGACUUUCAAGACGUACGUCAACUGUCGGAAACACAUGAAGAUACACAAGUACGAGCUGGCGCAACAGCAACGGCAGCUCGAACAGGAACGAAUACAAGUGCAGGAACAGGAUUCGAUUGAAACAAGCUUGGAGUCGAGAUCGAAACAAGAAGCUGUCGUGGAAUCGUCUUCUACUUCUAUCGCUAGCAUCGAUCCUACCAUCGCCAUCACUACCACUGCCGUCAGUACGCCCACAAUCAUCGCAACGUCUUCUUCCACGUUCCCAACGCUUUCUCGCCUCGGCCCAGUGGAAUUGUCGUUUCAACCGCAACUCGGACCAGAGUUUUCCCAAACCUUCCCCGAGUUCCGUGCCGUGACCGAAGACAAAGAGAACGGGAGACCCGUUUUAUCGUCGAACUGCGACGGAACCACGUUUAUCAAUGAAACCGCGUCGGAUAUAGCUGUAAUGAAUAUUGAAAAUUCGCAGAUGUUGCACACCGACGAGACUGGCUCGGUGACGUUGCCCGUUUACUCAGGCGAUCGGGCAUUCACUCCGGAGAGCAUCCGAGAUAUAGAGGAGACGUUGAACCAGCAAUUGUUUAACAUCGGGAUGAACCUUAAUCUCGGGAAUCACAAUUCGAAGCUAGUAAACGCGAGCGAUGUUAUUUGUCAAACGAAGGAACAACAGGAACCGGCCGUGCUGAACGUGAUAUACGAAAACGACAGCACCAACCGCAAUGGGGAACCAUCUGGCCACGUAUUCUCGUCACAAUUAGAUUCCUUUGACAUGGAUCACAUCGGCUUGCAAUCGGACGCGCAUGAGAUCGACAUUGCAUUGAAUGCAACGAAUCCGAACGACGUGACGAGUAUGCUAACGCGGAGUUCGAAGCAGGAGCAUCAGUUGUCCGUUUGCGUAGCGGCGUCUGACAACGCGAACGACGAUAGAGAAGAGAGGUCCGGUAUGCAAGCGGUAGUAUUAAUUUCCCAGGAAAACUUUGGGCCUGAAAGUGCCGCCGCUGAAUUGGCAACGAAACAAACACAGAAGACUGAUCAGCAGUGUACCAUCGAUCCAAUAUUUUUAACAAACGAGCUACGGGAACCGACACAAGAGUUCAAGAUCCGAUCGUCCAACGUUCAAGAGAUGGUUAAAACCGUCACGGGGAAGAUAUCUCGCGGAGAAUCUCUGCUACAGUGUCAUAUAUGUGGCCAGCAAGGAUUCACAACGAUGAGAUUGAAAGAACAUCUAAUGAGCCAUCGAUACGGUGGAACGAAGGAGUAUCAGUGUACGGAAUGUUCGUCGAAAUUUCUUGCAAACGCUGGAUCACACAGACAUUUGAAGACUCGUACUGACAAACAAUCAUUCAAAUGCCCAGCGUGCGAGAAGCGCUUUGACAAAAGGACAGAAACCCGGUCACAAGGUGAAAGUCGUACCACGUGGUCUGGAAUAUCUUCGGGAACAAACUGCGGGACGAUGGGAGCAAUCACGGAUAACCGCACGGCUCUAGACAAUAUCGUUAUCGAUUCAGAUUCCGCUGUUUCUGAAAAAGUCCUUUUAGACACAGUGGCUGAGAAAGAAGUCAUGGAUUGUGUAGAGACCAUCUUAAUGGAGAAAGAAGAGCGAAAGGAGUACACGAACAAAUGCAAGUACUGUCCGAAAACGUUUCGCAAGCCGAGCGAUUUGAUAAGACACGUGCGUACGCACACGGGCGAACGACCGUACAAAUGCGACUAUUGCAGCAAGAGUUUCGCUGUAAAGUGUACAUUGGAUUCGCAUACGAAGGUUCACACCGGGAAAAAGACGUUCCGCUGCCACGUGUGCAACAGUCUGUUCGCGACCAAAGGCAGCCUGAAGGUUCACAUGCGUUUGCAUACGGGUUCGAAGCCAUUCCGAUGUCCAUUUUGCGAUUCGAGGUUCCGAACGUCGGGUCAUAGAAAAGUACAUUUAUUGAAACAUACGCGGGAACAUAAAGACAACCCGAAGAGGAAACCGAAACAUAUGAAAGUAGCGGCAGUGGCCCAAGUUGCGGCCGACCUAGAAAAGUGCAACAGCGAAGUAGAAAGGAAAGAGAACGAGGAGGCCAACAGGCUUGAAACGAAACAUCAACUACUACAGAUUACAGAAACGGCUACGGGAAUCGGUCCCGACUUUGGGACGUUCAAUAUCGAAGCAACGGCACCUUGUUUGACGGAUCAAAUAAAUUUGGAUGCUGACGGUAUCGUGUCGAGCAAUGACCAAACGAUAGUGUCGAUAGGUGAAAGCAACCAAUUGGUUACAAAUCUGCAUUUUCUUUUAACGGACGGACUCGUCGCUAUACACACCGAGGAAUCAUUACCGCCGCAGUCGAUCGGGAAUCGAUGCGAAGCGCUGAAUCCAAAUACUGAAAGUACCAACGAAAAAAUGAACGCGGAACAUACAGAAGAAGCAUUGGAAAUACCAGAUAUAUCAAAUAAUUGUUUAUUGAGCGAAGCGAUGGCGAAUACGCAGUUGGAGCCGAUUUCGAAGGCACCCGGAAAAAAGGAAGCGAGGCCAGAAAGGUCGGGGACGAAAGGGAAUUCGAACUCGAAGAAGGAGUGCGAUAUCUGUGGAAAAGUGUUUACGAAACCGUAUCAAGUCGAGAGGCACAAACGAAUUCAUACGGGAGAACGGCCGUACAAAUGCGAUCUCUGUACGAAAUCGUUCGCCCAGAAAUCGACGUUGCAGAUGCACCAAAAGCAUCAUACCGGAGAUCGCCCGUAUGCUUGUCCCUAUUGCGAAUACUCGUUCACGCAGAAGGGAAAUCUUCGAACACAUGUGAAACGUGUUCACCAGUUGGACACCGUCGACCUGAGAAAGUGGAAACGAACGCAGCAAUCGAAGCCCAUUGUCGAAGAGGACGCGAUCGAAGUUAAAAGUCUAAAUUUGGACGACAUAUCGUUCGUCGAAUUUCUGAAAUAAUGAAAAUAACAAUAAUAAUUGCAGUGCUACCGUUGUUCGAUAGCUCGAUCGAAUGGUCCGUCUAUUAACGAUGCAAUUACAAGCUGUCGUGAACGAACAAUAGGGGGCAAUAAUAAUUCAUUACGUUUUCCUGGUGUAAAAUAAGUACCGUAUUAUAUAGAUAGUUGAACGGUUAAAUUCGUAUCGUUUCGCAACGUGCAUUCGCACGAUUUGUAUAUGAAAGUGAAAAUAAAUUUUUAACGCGUAA